AUGGAAGGGUAUUGAUAUUACAUCGGUUUUUUUCUUCCUCCAACGCCCCAAGUUGGAAAGAUUCCGGGGAGACGACGCAGCGAUCACUGAAAAAGUACUUUUUCUCUCCCUAUUUCUGACCAGGAGAUGGAGACGAGAACGGUUCGAGUUCGGAAUAUCUCGGAUCUAGCUGGAGAAAGGGAGAUCCGGGAUUUUUUCUCUUUUUCAGGAGAUAUCGAACAAAUCGAGAUCCGUGGCGGCAGGGACACUGGCAGUGAGCGGGUCGCGUUUGUAACAUUCAAAGAACCAAGAGCACUAGAGAUCGCAUUGUUACUAUCGGGUGCCACUAUCGUUGACCGAGUUGUCAACAUAGCUUCUGUUGAAAAUUAUGUUCCUACAAUUGAGGAGCAAGUUGCAUUAAAUGAGGCAGAAAUUGCAAUCCCUGACUCCAUGACAAAUAUUGAGGGUGGUAGAAGUAGUCCAAGUUCUGGACAAGACUAUGUAAAUAAAGCUCAUGUUGUUGUAUCCACUGUUCUAGCAAAGGGUUCAGCCCUCAAACAAGAUGCUUUCAGCAAAGCUAAGGCAUUUGACGAGAAGCAUAGAUUAUCAGCUACUGCAUCUGAAAGGGUUAUUUCUUUUGAUAGGCGUGUUGGCCUUUCAGAGAAAUUUAAUGUUGGAAUAUCUAUUGUCAAUGAGAAAGUAAAAUCUGUGGAUCAAAAGCUACAUGUGUCUGAUAAGACAAUGUCUGCAAUAAUUGCAGCAGAGCGCAAGCUGAAUGACACUGGCACUGCAGUGAAGACCAACAGAUACGUAUCUGCUGGAACGUCUUGGUUAAAUGGUGCUUUUGGAAAGGUAGCAAAGGCUGGUCAUAUUGCAGGCGCUAGAACCAAGGAAAAGUUUCAAUUGGCAGUUUCAAAUUUAACAGCAAAGGAUCCAGUGGUUGCUGCGUGAUCAAUUUACCUUCCCGUAGAAGUUUACACUUGUCAAAGUGAAAAAAGCAGCGUUCAUAUAUUGAUGUCGUCAGAAAGGCACUAAACUGUUGCUGUGGAUGUAGUGCAUGCCAGGAAACCAGGCCCCCCCUUAAUGAAGAGUCCAGCUGAUGUUUCAACAUUGUUGAUUGAUGUUGCUUGAUUGAGAUUCCUUUUUCCCCCCUCUUUUAUGUCUGUAUUCUUUGUGUAUCAAGAGUGGUAGAAGUUCUAGAAAUGAGGAAAAGUUGAAUCGCUUGUGCUGUAUGAUUUGAGGGCGAAAUGCCAUAUUUUCUAAGGCUUUUGUAAGGCAUGGUCAUGGUGGUACUGAUCUGUGUGAAGAAUGAUCUUGCAAGUGUGAGAAUUUGUUGUUGUUGUUGAGAUGUUCUGAUAAUUAUGUUAGAUGCAA